AUUCGUAGGAUGCUCCAUCACUCACAAGGGACUCCAUCCCUCGUGCGGUGCUUCAUCACGUGUGGGACAACGCUCCGUCAGUCGUGAGAUGCUCCAUCUCUUGUGAAACGGUGUUCCCCAACCCUCUGAGAUGCUCCGUCACUUACAAGGGGCCCCAUCUCUCAUGAGAUGCUCUGCCCCUGAUGAGACACCCCAGCACUUGUCAGACACUCCUCCUCUCCUCGCGGGCAUUCCCACGGUCGCCAUGGGGAAGGGACAAGGGGCUACGUGACCCUGACAAGGAGCAGAGUGGUCGAGGUGCAGGCGUGGGCACCUCCUGGGAUGCAGUUUGCAGAGCAGCUGGUGCAGACAGCCGGAGCUUCCCGGCCGCCUGCCGCGCCGGGGGCUGGCACGGCCGGCUCCAGGCACUGACGCAUGUUCAGGACAGUCUGAGCUAUGACAAAGUUUUUCAUCCGGCUGCCUGCAGUUCCCUCUGCACCGCCCCUGCGGCUGCGGGGAGGGGUAUGGUCCUCGCGGGUCCCCUGGGUGCCGUGGGAAGCACUGGACUGUCGACUGUGCCGAGAGGAGUUGUACACACGCUGCUGGGACUGCUGGAGAGCCACGAUCACGCUCGGAAUGGGGCUCCGGCUGCCUCUGCGCCGGAGCACCAGCUUCACCCCCGACCACCCUGCCCUCAUGGAGGUGCCUGGCCCCACUGCCCUGAAGAUGGAAGCAAACGUCCUUGUUAUGGGAGCGGACAACGUGGGGAAAUCAGCUCUGACUGUGCGCUUCCUGACCCGGCGCUUUAUCGGGGAGUACGGAGACAUGGAAUUCAUCUACAGCCACAAUGUGACGGUGGAUGGCCGAGAGAUUCUCUUCCACAUCUGGGAUGCCCCCAAUUCUCAGGAGCAGACAGAGGAUGGCUCCUCAGAGGAGAAGCGAAUCCAGUGGGCAGACAGCUUUGUCCUGGUCUACAGUAUCUGCGACCGUGCCAGUUUCAAUAUCCUGCCCCUAAAAAUCCAGUUCAUCAAGGCAGCCAAGGAGGGGCAGAGCCAGGAGAAGGUGCCCAUCAUCAUUGUGGGCAACAAACGGGACCUGCACCACCAGCGGGUGGUGUCCAGCGAGGAGGGUCGGCUCCUCGCCCUCUCUUUAGACUGUGGUUUCUAUGAGGUCUCUGCAGCUGAGGCUUAUCACGGGGCCCUCAUGGUCUUCCAUGGACUGGCCAAGUGCAUCCCGGACACCAAACUGGCACUGAAAAAGGGUACAGGGAUCCGUGGCAUCGUCAAGACCAUGUCGGCCGUGUUUACCCGCAAACGAACGGACUCCCUCUGAGCUACAGCGUGGAUGUUGCUGCUCUCUGUGCUGCCCAGCUGGGCCAGGCCUCCUCCCUGUGUGCCCAUGGAGGUGGUGUGUGUCUUUCCAUAAGUAUGAUGGGUUCCUUGCUGUCCUCCUAAUGUCAGGGUCUGGGUGUCCUGCCAUGCACAGCCAACGCAGCCAAGGACUGAGUGCAUUACUCUUGGCUCUGUGACGGGACAGAAUCUCUACUCUCUGCUGUACCAGCUUUUUAGGUGCCUCCUGCUUAUUCCUGCUAUCCUCCAACACUGGAAACCACCGGGCGAUUUUGCCACAGUUCCAGGCAGCAGCAUUCCCAGCUCCUGCAGCAGGAGCUGCCCAGGCCAUUGUUGAGCAGGGGCAACAUGCUGCUUCUGUACAGCACGCUACUCCUUGUCUCUCUACUCCUACUCUGGCAUCCUUGUUGCUGUUUAACGCU